AUGGAGUUUAAUUUGUCUCCACAUGCCAAUACUUCAAAUACAGCAUCACAACAUAACUACAUGCAACAGCAGCAACAGCAGCAACAGCAGCAACAGCAGCAACAGCAGCAACAGCAGCAACAGCAGCAAAAUAAGCAACAGCAGCAAAAUAAGCAACAUCAGCACCUGCCUUAUCAAACUACGAAUGGACAGAAUGUUCGGAAUGCCCCAAUUAAUGAUGAGCGGAUAAGCAUACCGCAUAACGGGGCUAAUAGGAAUUUGGUAAGUGACGAAUUUGCUAAGGAUUCUCAUCAGCUAUUACUAGCAUACUUGUAUGAAUAUUUAAGAGCCAAUGGCAUGGAUGAGUCAGCGAAAUCUCUAUUGAUCGAGGGUAAGGUUCCGACUAAUGGGUUAUCAACGAAUGAAAAAUUCGAUGAUGUUGAUUACAAGAUGUCAUUGGAUCAUUCUGACACAUUUCUAUUAGAAUGGUGGUCGUCUCUAUGGACGAUGCAGGCAACUGCCAACCCGAAUUUGAAUCAGGCGUUAAAUCAAGCUAAUCCUAAUACGAAGAAAAAUCCAAUGCCGCCUCCUACAGUAAGGCAGGGUUCGAAUAUGAAUAUGGCUCAAUAUCAACAACAAUUGAAACUACAACAAAUGAGGCUUCAAUUCCAACAGCAGCAAGCACAACAAGCACAACAAGCACAACAAGCACAACAAGCACAACAACAACAGUUACACUCACCACUAAUGGUAAACGGCCAACCACAGAAUCAACCUCAAAUUCAACCGCAGCCUCAAAUACCACAGCAACACCAACAAAGACCUUUACAACAAGCUCAAUCAAUACAACCUUCUCAACCAGGUCCAUCGCAGCAAAAAGCAGUUAAUAAUGAUGCCAUUAAUGACUAUCAAUUGAACUUGUUAAUGAUGGAAAAUCAAAAUAAUAUUCAAAAGCGACAGUUCAUGCUAAUGAAGCAACAAAGACAGCAACAUCAACUGCCACAGCAACAGUUAAACCAGAUACCACAUCAACUGCAACCAAUACAGACUAACCAAAUGGAAAUCAAAACACACGAUUUAAAUUCAAAUCCUCUGUUCAUUUCUCAGCGUCCCCCACAACAGCACCAGCAGCAAUUACUUUUACAACAACAACAACAGAAACAGCAACAAAAUCAUCAACAACAACUUUUACAACAACAACUAUUAAUGAUGCAACAACAGAAUAAGGGUACUGAUCCUUAUAAGCCGGCAAAUGAUAAUACAAAAGGCACUCCAAGUGAAAUCAAGCCAAACACAGCUCAAAAUAAUUCUGUAGAUGCCGCUAAAGAUGAUCUUAAUUUGACGGCACAGCAAAGAAAUCAAUUUAAUUUACAGUAUCAAUUGCAGCAGGAACGAUUAAAGUAUAUUCAGCAACAGCAAGCCAUGCUGGAUAAUACGGAUACAAAUGGCUCAGGCAUUAUAAAUUCCACAUCUUUUAAUAAUGAUUUGUCAAUGGAUGAUGACUGGUUAAGUGGGAUGGGCGCAGGUCCGGGGUUCUUUUAA